AUGGGACACACAAAUACAACAAGAAUGGCAGAAGAGAAGAAGAACAAGGAGAUUUGGCCAAUUUGGGUCACUGACAUAGAAGAGGAAUAUGAAUCUUAUGAUCCUUCUGAAUAUGUGUUGAAGUUGGAAAGAAAGUGCAUCUACAGAUGGCCUAAUGACCUUGUCAUUACAUCAAGCUUGUCCAAGCACCGCACUCCUCACAUGGCAUCCCUUGGUCCCUACCACCAUAGGAAGGAGCACCUGCAGCCCAUGGAGCAUCACAAAAAGCGAGCUCUCUAUAGGAUCCUCAAGAGGAGCGGGGUUUCACUCUAUUGCUUCCUUGACUCCUUGAAAGGCAUAGAGCAAGAACUUAGGGAUAGCUACGACAAUCUUGAACCAAAAUUGCCAACGGAUUCAUUUUUAAGAAUGAUGUUGCUUGAUGGGUGCUUCAUACUUGAAAUUCUACGUAGCAGUUGCAUCUCAAAUGAAAAUUGGUUUGACGCCUUCGAACCCAUCUUCAGCAGAUUCGGGAAGCUUACCAUGACUCUGGCUUUUCGAGACAUGCUGUUGCUAGAAAACCAAAUCCCACUCCGUGUCCUAAGAAAGUUGCUCGAGGUAGAGGAAAGGAGAGAGACCAGCGAUGAUGCAUAUCUCAAUAACUUGAUCUGCGAUUUUUAUUGCUUUGAAUCCCUCUCGAUUCAUGGGCCUGCUUUACAUAUUUUAGAUAUUUACAGGAAGUGCUUGAUAAUGGACAGUACAAUGGAAGAACAAACAACCGCUUCUGUAGAAGGUUUUAUUAAGUCUGUUUGCAUGCGAUAUGAACCAUGGUUGCAUGUGAUCGGCAAAGGAAUUAAGCGUAUGCUCCUCGGCAUCCCCAUCUUCGUCUUUAGGCUUUUAAGCAAACAAAUUAACAAACCAGGAAACAUGCGAUCAGCAAUGAGGUUUCAUGAAGCAGGCGUUGAGUUCAAGAAAGCGAAACCCUGUAGCGGGUUAAAAAUUACUUUUGACGAAGAACACGGAGUGCUUACUCUUCCUUUCAUUGUAGUAGAUGUCAACACAGCAGCAAUAUACAUGAACCUGAUGGCCUUCGAACGGAUGCACCCAAAACUUCGGAAUCCUGAAGUGACAUCAUAUGUGUCCUUUAUGAUCGACUUGAUAGACACUGCUGAAGACGUGAGCCUGCUGUGCUCUCGAGGGAUCGUGAUGAACCUUCUUGGCAGUGACGAGCGUGCUGCCAAUGUCUUCAACAAGAUGGGCGAUGGCAUUACAUACUCCCUAGAUGAUGAACUCUAUGAGCAAUUGCAGUCUUAUGUUGCCUCAGAUUGGAAUGCGGCGAGAGCAAAUUUGAACCGAAACUACUUCCAAAACCCGUGGUCUAUUCUGUCUCUACUCGCUGCCAUUGUCUUGCUGGUUUUAACAUCUAUUCAGACCCUAUUUUCUGUGUUAGCCGUGAAAAAUGGCAAGUGA